AUGAACUCAAGGUUGCUAAAAUAUAAGACUUCCCAAGUAACAGUUUGAUCGAAUCUUUUUUAUCAAAUGAUAAAAACUGAAAAUCCGCGUGAACUCUUGAAUCUCUGUCUAUUAAUUGCAUUAAUAUCUCCUUUUUAAGUAAUUGGAUAUUAGUUUAGAAAAUUAACAGUAUUUUCACAGGUUCUGAGUGCCAUGAACCGAACGAAGUAACACAUAACCUCUUCAUCUUAAAAUGAUCGUAAAUCUAACUGUAAAUUGAAAAUAAAUUAAAAAUAAAUAAUAUUUACCUGAGGUAUUUGUACGUUUUCAGCCAAUUUUCGCAAUUAAUUCGCUGUUUAUUAAAGGUUAAAAAAAAAUAACACGUCACAACAUUAAUGGCAUACUUUGAUUAGAUGUACUAUAGAAUUUGCAAGGUGUUUCAACUUAUCUCCUGGCUCCUGAUAUUGUAUCACAAGAGCGAACAACUGUUAAAUCUGAUUCUUAUGUAACGAACUAUACAAUUUACAUUAAUUUGUGAUUGGUGACGCAUUUACAUUAAGUUACCGAUCCAGAUCUUUUAGAAUGCAUAAUUGCAACCGCUCCCUACGUGUACUUACUGCGACUUGUUAAGUAAUUCGCCAUUAUUUCUAAAUAUUUUUCUGUUUAUUUUAUUGACAAAAUAAUUGACAAAAUAAUUUUACAAUUGAGAAAAAUUUUAUAAUAAACGCAAACCUACAAUUCUAACAUAUAAGCAAUAACAUAUUAAUGAAAAUAUUAAAGGUCUAAGAGAUUGAAAUCGUAAGACUUGUUUUUUUUUAAUUCUUUAAACAUUUAUGUAUUUUUCAUAAUUGUAAAUAUUCUAUAUUGUCAUUUUAUAUAUUAUUGAGUAUAAUAUCCUGAACUUUCAAAACAUGAUACGUACAAAUGUAAGUUUAAGUGUAUAAAUUUUUAAUUUGCGUUCAUAAAAUAUAUCAAGGAAAGUAUGAUUAAUCGAUCAACGUGAAAAUAAUUAAUAGUGCAUGAUGUGUAUAUAUAUAUAUAUAUAUAUAUAUAUAUCUGUAUGUAUGAAAAAAAGAAAGAAAAAUCAAAUUAUCAUUUUAUAACGAUAAUGUUUCGUUGCUAUAGCAAAACCGAAUAUUCGUACAUGAGUACAUAUACAAGUGUAUGUAAAUAUACAAGCAACGACUAACUUUUCAAAGAUGAAUUUUAAGUGAAACUGUAAGAAAGCGAUGUCUUUUGGAACGAAAAUAGUUACCAAACGUUAAAAUUUUUAUUUUUAGAAUAGAAGACUGUGAAACUGACAAAAGUGCGGCGCCAUAUUGCGUGCUUGUGUUUGGUUACUGUUCUGGCGCGUGGUCAAGAAUUGUUAUAUUUAAUUAAAUACCAUGUCCGAUAAUCAGGUGAGCUUUUCGAUUUUAACGAGCAAUUCGUCGGUCGACAUUUCGUAAUAUAAACAUAACGCAACAUUCGAAUGUUCAAUUAUAUUUUGAACCUAAUCGGUCUAACCUUGUGCAUUAGGAACAAAAACCCGAAGCCGGCCCAGGUGACGCGAAUUCCGAAUACAUCAAGCUUAAAGUUGUUGGAAAUGUAAGAAGUUGCUAUUUUACGUCUUUACGUUUGACGUUUACUUCAACGACUCACAAUGACAAGUUUUGUCAUUUCUUUUUUUUUUUUCUAGGACAGCAAUGAAAUUCACUUUAGGGUAAAGAUGACCACUCAAAUGGGUAAACUCAAGAAAUCGUAUAGCGAUCGUGUGGUUGGUUCACUUUCCUAAAUAAAAGUUAAUCAUAUCGUGCAGUUCGUUCACUUCUCUGAAUAAACUGAUAAUGUGUUUAAAUAUCGUCGAUAGAGUUUUGAUAAUUUACUUUGAGGAAUAAUUUAUUUCAAAAAAGCACCUAAAUUUUUUUAAUUUUUUUGCACCUGAUAAUUAACUCAAAUCGCGUGUAUGAUAAAAGUAUACAGCAUCAUUGAGAUUAGAAGAUCUUUUAAUUUUGAAUCUUUUAAUUCUUAUAUUUAUAAAAAUGCAACUUAUUGAAGUAUUUUUGAAUUUUAUAGAGAAAAAUGAUUUUAUUUCAAAAUAAUGUUAUUUUUAUAUGUUUUAAAACAUAAGUGUAUCUACAUUUAUUACAGGGUGUUCCUAUGACGUCACUCAGGUUUUUGUUUGAUGGUAAAAGAAUUAACGAUGACGAAACACCAAAGCAGGUAAAUUUUAAAGCUUAACAUUUUCAAAUAAUCACUGCAGAAAUAUUUAAUAUACUUUAUUUAAUAUGAUAAGUAUAACAAUCUUAAAAUUGUUUUUUUAGUUGGAAAUGGAAAAUGAUGAUGUUAUUGAAGUAUAUCAAGAACAGACAGGAGGUCACUACUGAAGAAAUUUAUUCAGUUUUAAUAUCUUCUAAAGUGAAAGUGACUAUCGUAAAGAAAUGGACAAGUUUAUCAGUAUAUGUAUAUGUAUGUUACAAAACAUGUAAUUUGGUUUUUUACGUAACAUUUUGAUGUGCUGUUCUACAUUCCUGUAAUAACGUGGCAAGUUUUAAAACUAUCAAGUCAGUUUCAUACAAUGUACAUGUUCAUCCAACAAAAGCAAAAAAAAAAAAAAAAAA